GUCCUCCUUAAUUUCCACAUCUUUUCCUCUAUAUAUCACCUAUCCUUCCAUAGUUUUUUUUUGCAAUAAUAACAGAGCCUUUAUGUAGUUACAUAGAACCUUCACUUCUCUUUUACUUUCUUAUUUCUUGUCAUUUAAUGAACCAAUAUUUGUCAUCCUUAUAAAGCUCAGUAAUCUCAAAUACUCAUUUGCCAUUUGAACCUUUUACAUAUUUUCUUGUUUUUGUACACUCCAUUUAGUGUUGCCUUUGGCAUAACUUUUCUCAUAAAAAAAUAUUGUAAGUUUAUGCACUUUUGUUAAUACCCAAAUGGAGAAAGUUAAAGCUUGGGAAAAAAUGACUCUGAUCACUGAGCUUACUCAGGGGUUGGAGCUUGUAAACAGGCUAAAAAGCAAGAUUGAUCCUUUGGCUUCACCAGAGGAAUGUGAUUUACUACUUGAAAAAAUACUUUCCUCCCUUGACAAAUCAUUGUCAAUUCUGAAUUUGAAGGCUGUUAAUGUAAUUAGAGACCCUUGUUGUUGUUCAUCAAUUUCAGUACUUGGAGUUAGCAAAUUUGGAAUUCCUACUUCCACUCUUGGUAAAAGUCCAAAGAGUGAGGGUUCUGACUUGGAUUAUUCAAGGGAUCAAGGCAAAAAUAUGGUCUUUAAAAAAAGAAAGUUAUUGCAGCAAUGGAGUAAGCAAGUUAGGAUAUCUGGGAUAGAAGAUCUUAAUCAUGAUGAUGGCUAUAGUUGGAGAAAAUAUGGCCAGAAAGAUAUUUUAGGAGCAAAUUUUCCCAGGGCUUAUUACAGAUGCACUCACAAGAAUACACAGGGCUGCUUAGCAAUAAAACAAGUCCAACAAUCAGAUGAAGACCCUCUAGUCUUUGAGGUCACAUAUAAAGGAAAGCACAGUUGCAAAGCCUCACAAUCAGUAGACAUUUCAGAAGAAACCCAAAAGGCAAAUUAUACUAACAAGAAUCAGUAUCAGCUACAGAAACAGAAACAGAAAGUGGGGAAUCAAAAAGUUGAAAAUUUGAAUAUUAUCAAAGAAGAAGAGUUUCCUUUCACACCACCAAAAUCAGAAAGUGCAAAUGCCCAAUUCUUUGCCAAUUCAAUGGAGCCAUUUACAUCUCCAAUAACCUCAGAAUCCUUGCACUUGUCAUUGUUGCCUACCCAAGAGGAGGAGUUUGAAUUGGACCAGAUUCUUCAGAGCUCAAAAUUGGGUCGUACCGAUUUUAUUUCGACACCAACUUCAGUAAUUAAUUCGCCAUUUUGUGGGUACUGGGAUUUAUCAGUGGAUGAUGAAGUUGAUACUAUUGAUCCUAGCCUGAUGAUUGACAUUUCUGAAUUUUUCGCCUAAUCUGAGAGUAGUGGCGGUAUCUGGUUUAUACAAGAAUAUUGUCGCACCUAAAAUUUGAACUUAUGACCUAGAAUUGGGUCACAUUUCGACACCAACUUCAGUCUUUAAUUUGCCAUUUUGUAGAGUGGAUGAUCAAUUUUGUAACAUGUGAUCUUAUAUUAGAUUCUGUAGGCUCCCAUCUGUUGCAAACUUUGUCUUGAACAUUCACUUCAAGCCAUUUGAACUUUUUCCUUGUGGUAACUUCACUAUCUCUCAUAUUUCAUUCUUUACAAAAGAUUUCAUCUCUUCCGCCA